AUGGAUGAUUUAAUAGAUGAUGAUGAUGCUGAAGAAGAAAUAAAUAAUUCUAAUGGGAAAAUGGAUGAUUCUAAUGAAGAAAUGGAUGAUUCCAAUGAAGAAAUGUAUGAUGAUUCUAAUGAAGAAAUGGAUGAUUCUAAUAAAGAAAUAGAUGAUUCUAAUGAAGAAAUGAAUGAUUCAGAUGAUUUUAGUGAUGAAAUGGAAGGUCUAAAUGAUUUAAAUGAUGAUGAUUCAGAUACUGAAAUUGAUUCAGUUGAUUCUGAAGACUUUCAUGGAGCUAAGUUUGAAGAUGCAGUAAAUGAAACACUUGAUGAUUCUGUUCUACAAUGGCCUAAUGAAACCUAUCGAGAAUUUGCAAAGAUUUGUGUUGAUUAUGAUUUAUCAAAUCAAGCUGUAGAUUCAUUUAUUAAUUUUUUCAACAAAAAUGCAAAUUUAAACAAAUCACCUUUACCAAAUAAUUCCAGAGAAAUGCAUAAAUUCAUGAAUUCAAUAGUAUCACCAAAUCUUGAUUUUAAAAAAAAACAUAUAAUUGACUUUGAAGGUAUCUCAUAUAAUCUUCAUUAUCGCCCAAUAAUAAAGACAAUUAAAGCACUUCUUCAAAAGCCAGAUAUAACUAAUAACUUUAUACUUAAGUUUGAAGAAAAGCGACAAGCCAAUACAAAUAGUCGAAUUUUCUCUGAACAGUAUAAUUGUAAUUGGUGGCAACAGACAGAAUCUCAGUUGAAAAUUGGAAGUCGAGUUUUAUCAAUUAUACUAUAUUCUGAUGCAACUCUUUGUGAUAGUCUAGGUAAUAUUCCUUCAUGGCAAAGAAAUAAAAAGAAUGCCAAAGUGCUAUUAGGUUAUAUGCCAAUUCUCCAAAGUAAAAAUCAAGCAACAAGAAAUUCUGAUAACUUUCAGAAACUUAUAUGUAAAGUUAUAAAGCGAUGUUGGAGUAUUUUACUUCGUCCUAUUAUGAAACUGGAUGAACUGGAAUUAAACAUCAAGAAUGUACAGAUUACAUUUACUCCAAGAAUUUCUGUAUUUCUUGCAGAUAUGCUGGAAGCAAAUGCAAUUACAUGUACUUACAAAUCAGCUAAUUGUAAGAUGCCAUGUCCAAGUUGUAUUGUGCAUAUUGAAGAUCUAAAUAAUAUGAAGAUUUCAAAAGGAAAUAUCACUUUACGAACACCUAAUUCAAUGGCUUCUGUAAUUCAAAAUAAAAAGGCUAAAGAAAACUUAAAUGUUUAUGAGGCAGUCUUACCUGAUCGUAUGCACCACUUGGAUUUGGGUCUCUUUAAGUAUAUGUUAGAAUAUACACAAGAUCUUCUAAUUGAACAAUGUGGAAAUUAUGCAAUUGAAGAAUUUAACAAUCGAUUAGCAGCAAUUCCAAAGUUUACUGGAUUAAAAAUCUUUAAUAAUGGAAUAACUUCUGUUCAAACAGCUGAUGAAUAUCGAAUGAUAAUAAAGGUAAUAAUUUCAAUAGUUGAUGGCUUAUUUGAUGAUAAUGAUUCAAGAAUUAUAGAACGAAGAAGUAAAAAUAAAAAUCCAUAUAUAUCUUCAACUCGACUUACUUCUGUAUACUUCUUUUUUGUUCAUAUGUAUAUAAUGAGUCGUAAUGAAGAAUUUUCAGAGGAAGAUCUGAUUAAAUUUGAGGAUUUAAUUACAAUAUGGAGUUGUGAAUUUGUGGAAAUCUUUUCCCGGUUUAGUCCUAGUGAACUAAAGCUGCCAAAAUUGCAUUCUUGGAGUUUUACAACUGAAACCUUUGAAACAUUGCAUAAAUAUUAUGUUAAAAUUCCAUAUCGCAAGAGCAACAAGAAAGAGGUUAUGAACCAAAUUUUGAAUAAAGUUAGGCAAAAAGCUUUAAUUGAAUCUACAACCAAGUCUGUAAAACAGAAAGUUGGCCAAUUAUCAAGUAAACUUUAUGAUAUACGCUUUUCAGCAUUUGAGAAUCAUUUAGAAAUUUUCCAGCAAUUAGAAAUACUGAAUCCUUUGCAACUUGAAGGAAUGGAGAAUCUACUUGAUUCACUUAACAAGCUUAAAGAUGAUAUACUUUUAGAUAAAGUUGACAGCUUUAUACGAUUAUAUAAAAGUGCAACAAUAAAAUCUGCAGAUAUAAUCCAUGCAGAUCCAUCAUAUAAUAAAGUUCCAUGGUUUAGUGAUGUUGCUAUUGUAAUGGAUACAACAAAUGCCACUAAUUAUACUACAGACCAAGGCAUGUGCUUUGGAAAGGUAUUAUUGUUAGGAGAAAUAUUUUCUAAAAGCUCACAUAAUACUGCAAAAUUUAUCUUUGCAAUGGUUAAAUGGUAUGAUUAUUGUGAACAAGAUGAUAAUGAAGAUUCAGAAAUCUAUGGAUGUCCUAGGCUAACAUUAUUAAAAGAAUAUGAUGUGGUGCCAUUAGAAUCCAUAGAACAAGCUGUUCAUAUUAUACCAAGAUUUCAUAAAACAAAUCAAUUUUUGAUGAAUAGAAAUAUUUUUUAA